AUGUAUAGCCUAUUCAUCGCUCUCCUGACCCUGCAGGGUUUGGCGGUUUCAGCCCAAGACUCCCAACCCACAGAGAAGGUUUGGGGGGUAUUUGCAUUUACUGUUCCUGGAGACAGCAAGCCUGGUGCGCUCGCCAGCUCUCGGACCUUGACCGACUAUGGAGCCAACCAACUCGCCGCCGCAGCAUCGGAUUUCCGUUCUCGUUAUGUAUCUGGAGGCUCUGAUACCGGAAUCCAGAACAUAUCUCCAAUAAUUUUGGAUUCAAACGAUGUGGAUGUACUCUCGAUAACGGACCAGAACAUCAUUGGCUCCGCUCAAGCAUUCAUGCAAGGUCUAUACCCACCACUCGGCUCAAUGGACGUACCAGCUACCCAGGUUGCGAACGGAUCGUUUGCACAGGCGCCAUUGAACGGGUACCAAUAUCCUCGGAUUGUCACUGUCGGCGAGGCAGACCCCCAGUCUAUUUUGAUAGAAGGUCACGCAAUGUGUGCUAUGUAUGAUGCCGCCGAGGGCAAAUACCGUGGUAGCGACGAAGUACAAGAUAUUACGCGAGACACAAACGCCUUUUAUAGGAAACUGUGGAAACUGGCAUUGUCUGGAGUCUACGAUGAAUCAUCCGCAACUUACACGAAUGCCGUUUCAAUUUCGGAAUAUUUGGAUUAUGAAGUUGUGCAUAAUGACACCUUGUUGGAGAGUCUAAAUAACGCCGACAUCCUUCGUGCCCGCUCGCUGGCGGACCGGUAUGUGUGGAGCACAAACAGCCAACAAUCAUCUUCCAGCGGGUCUAUGAUCCGAGCAGCCAGUCCGAUUGCAGGGCAGACAUUGGCGUCGAGCAUUCUAGAAGCCUUCGAUCUGAACAUCCAGGAAAGUGGUACCCGACAGAAGAUGACCUUGUUGUUCGGUGGUAAUGAGCCAGCUGUUGCCCUGUCGUCUCUGGUGGGACUCGCAAACCAGCAUCAACCAAACUUCUUCUCCCGCCUGGCACGAGGUGGUUCGUUCGUUUUCGAGCUGUACAGCUUGGAGGACAGCAGCAACUUGUAUCCAUCCUAUCCUGGGAUCGACAAUUUGUAUGUGAGAUUCUUUCUUCAUAACGGAACCGACAACGCCACCGACUUUCAAGCGUACUCCCUCUUUGGACACAGUCCUAGUCGUGCCUCAAUCUCAUAUACCGAGUUCCGCUCCUCGCUGGAGACAUUUGCUGUGGCCUCAACUCAGGAAUGGUGCCUCCUCUGUAACGCCGAAACUGUGUUCUGCAAUGGAGUGUUAGACCAGGAUGCAUCUCAGCCAAAGAAAGACAAAGGGAUGGCCCCCGCUGUAGCCGGAGUCAUCGGUGCUGUCAUAAUGCUUGCUGUGCUUGGACUCACAGCAGUUAUUGUAUUCCUCAUUUGUCGUGCUCGCAAGGGCAGAAAUCCCAACAAAGGAAGUUUGGGAGGGUUCAAGGGUCCUGGUAAACUUGCCAGUGAUACCGAUGUGUCGUUCAGUGAUCCCAUAUGGAGAAACUCCAAGACCGACGAUACGCAGCCAUCCAGUGGUAUCACUGCGGGAGUUGGAGUUGCUUCACAGGGCAAGGAACGCACUGGAAGCUGGGAGAUGGGGCAGGGGAAAAAAGAGAUUGAGAAUAUCCAGCCUGAUGGCAUGAAAGUGAGGUCACCUUUUGAUGAGCAUGAGGAGGACUGGGGUAUACACAGUCUUCAACCUGUGAAAAUACGGGAGAGUGUAUAG